AUGGGAAAUAAUCAAAUCUCAGCUUUACACUUAGGUGACUUCAUAGAUGUUUAUAUCACACAAAAAGAUGGAAAUCUAAAACAUUAUUGGGCAAAUAAUUUUACUGGAUUGGUUUAUCAAAAUGAAAUUACAGUUAUUCGAUAUGAAAACAAUAUUGACAUAUAUGUUCUAACUAAAAGCAGAAGUUUAGUACAUUUAUCGAGUGGAGACUACACAAAUUGGAAAUACCAUAAUGAAGUUUUAGUUGAAGGGAUAUCUGAGCCUCCAGUUGCUGUAAGAUGGAAAAAUGGUAUUGAUAUGUAUUGCUUUGAUAAUGAUGGUGUUCUCUUACAUUUACACGCUUCUCCAAGUACAAAUUGGCAAUAUGAAAGAAAAGAAAUAUAUCGUUCAUCUAAUCACACACGCUUAUUCGCUCUACGAACAAAGUGCGAAGCAAUUGACUUGCAUUUUUUGGAAUCUGGUCAUAUUAUACAUUUACACGUAGGAGAUCACAACGGUUGGGUAUAUGCAAAUGAAAGAAUUUUGGAAGGUACUAAUAUUCCAAAUGGAAAUUUAUCUGCUACUCGAACUGAUGAUUGUAUAAAUCUUUUCUAUUGUGAUGAAACUGGACAUGUGUGUCAUGCAAUUUGUGGUGAUUUCACGGGCGGAUCUUAUCAAAAUCGAGGACCUAUUUCAAUAUCAAUAAUUGCCCGAAAUAAGAAGUUUUCAGUGGUUCAACAUGAAAAUAAUAUCGAUGUUUAUUUUAUUGGAAAUGAUAACUGUGUUCAUCAUAAUUAUAAUGGUGUAUACAAUAAUUUUACUUGGAAUUCAGAUGAAAUUAUUUCAUUAUCUGAUGCUAUUUCAGGAAUUGCAGCUGUUCGCCCUUAUCAAAAAGCUAUUGACGUUUAUUAUUUAGGACAAGAUGAACAAUUAAAGCAUUUAUUUAUUGGAGAAGGAACUAAUAAUGAUUGGAGUAGAUAUCAAACUGACCUAUCGAAUCCUAUACUUUAUUGGGAAAAUCUAAGACAUAUUACCACAAUUAUUGGUGGAGGAUAUCAUAGUAAAAUAUAUUUAAUACGAAAGGAUUCUGAUAAAUUUAUUGUAAAAAAAUUCAAAAUACCUAAUCCAUCAGCAAUAAGAUCAGAGAUGAUUAUAUUGAAUAAAUUGGCUUCAAUUUGGCCAAAUUUAUGUCAAGCUCAAAUAUUUGAAAAUGGAAAUUUAGCUGGAUUUGCAAUGCUUUAUAUUGAAGGCAAAAAGUUAGAUAAAAUUUUACAAGACAAGGAAAAUAUAUUUCAUGAAAGUGCAUCAGCUAGAAUUAAGCUAAUAAAAAUUAUUGGAGAAUAUAUGAAUCGAAUGCAAAAAUUAGGUAUUUGUCACGGUGACUUUUCAUUAGAUAAUAUAAUGGUGAAUCAAAAGAAUAAAAAUAGUACAAAUGAUGUUACUGUUAUGAUAUUAGAUUUUGGCAGUAGUUUUUUCUUUAAUUCUAAUACACGAACAUAA